AUGGACGUGCAUCUCUUGACGUACGACCUGUCUAGAGGACUUGCCCGACAAAUGUCCCAGGGCAUGCUGGGAUUCCACCUUGAUGCAAUCUACCACACCUCGAUCCAGCUCAAUGGUCGGGAAUAUGUCUACGAUGGCGGCAUCGUCGACAUCACUCCCGGGACCUCUCACCUGGGCCAGCCGAUGGAACGAAUUUUCCUCGGCCGCACAGAAUUGCCAAUGGAGGCUUACGACUUGUGGAGGCACAAUUGCAACAACUUCUCGGAUUCCUUCGCCCAGUUUCUGCUUGGAAAAGGCAUCCCCGAGCACAUUAUCAAAAUGCCGGAUGCCGUUCUCAGCUCGCCGUUUGGGAGAAUGCUCAUGCCCCAACUGACUCAGGCCAUGACUUCAAACAGGCAAAACGGUUCGAUUCUUGGCAUUCAGAAUGGCAACACUGCCAAUGGACAUAGCUCAGCACCGCAACCAACCAGGCCCCAAGCCAACGUCAAGGUAGUCCACAGUUCGCAGGAGCUCGACACUGCUCUCGAGGCCAUCGCCCCAACCUUUGACGAGCUCUCAGCGGAAGCCGGUAACAAGGCAGUUUUCAUCAAGGUUGACGUAGCCCAGCUUACUCCCUUGCCGGAGAAGAACUACCCACGAGCGACGCCGACUUUUGUCACUUACCUGCACGGAGAGAAGGAGAAUGAGUGGGCAGGGGCAGACCCGGCUGCGCUUCGGGGCAACACUCAACUCUUAUUGCAAAUGGCUUUCCCCCGUCAUCCCCACGAGUCCCUAAACCUACCGAGCUUUUCCAACCCGAAUGCGCGGCCAGUGCUUUACUCCAAAGUACCACCUUUGGAGAAGCUGCUCGCGAAGAUGGGAGCAACAGCAACGGAUCCUGCUGUGCAUAGUGUCAAGCAAUUUAUUGAAGCCCGUGAUAAGCAAGGCCCGGCAGCUGCGACUCUGCCAAAUCUGAGUCAGUUUGCAGAGUUCCUGAGGAAGUCCAUUCAUUCACUACCGACUGAGGUACUCUUCCCCGUGGUUGAUCUUUUCAGAUGCGCUCUUGUCGACGCAAGAUUCAGCGGCUACUUUGCCGAGGAGAAGGAUCACCAGACAGUCCUUGCCAUUUUGAAGUUUGUCAACUCUCACAGCGACUGCCCCUACGCAUUGCGACUUGUGACGCUGCAGAUGGCGUGCAACUUUUUCUCCACACCACUCUACCCCGAAGAGAUCCUUCGCAACGAGGGUCUCAGAGCGCCAAUCAUUCAGUUGAUAUCUUCGAGCUUUCUGGACGACAGUCACAAUAACAUCCGUGUUUCUGCAUCCUCCUUGAUGUUCAACCUGGCAUUAGCUAGCAACAAAGCAAGACGAGAGAAGACAGGCGACGUUUUACCCGAAGGCGACUCCGUGGAGCUGGCAGCGUCAGUGUUGGAGGCGAUAGGUCAGGAAGAAAAGUCGCCAGAGGCCUUGCAGGGCAUGUUGCUUGCUUUGGGCAACUUGGUCUACUGCACGCCAUCAGACAGUGAGGUCGCUGAUUUGCUCAGGACGAUGGACGCAGAAGAUGCCGUUCUCGCCAAGAAGAAGCAGUUUCCUAAUGAGAAGAUGAUAUCGGAGGUGGGAGCUGAGCUUCUUGGAAAGGGGCUGAGACGGCCUAAACAAGCCCGACCGCCUCGUCUUGGGAUGUGGGCGACACAUCGUCAACGUUACCGCGCGAUUCUCGAUGAAAUUACCACCACCUUGCGUGGACUCUCUCUCGACCCUCGAUUGAUGCCGUCGGCGGUUUUCGAGAUGCCUCAGCUUCACUCGUCUGCCUCCACCCCGUCCUUGCGGUCGCACGAUGCGCCCGUCAAGAUGGACGGGGGCAAUGUCCGGGUCGUCGUCCGAGUUCGGGCGUUUCUGCCCAGAGAGAUCGAACGCGGCGCCGAGUGCCUGGUGGAAAUGGACCCCGUCACCCAGCAGACGACGCUGCUUGUGCCGAACGACAGCGACCCAGCGAACGCCAAGGCGAAGUCCAGGAAGAUUAUUGAAGAAAAGACGUUCACCUUUGACAGUUCGUUCUGGAGCCACGACCUUAACGACAAACACUAUGCGCACCAGUCGGACGUCUACAACAGCUUGGGAGAGGAGUUCCUCGACCACAACUUUGAGGGCUACCACACUUGCAUCUUCGCCUACGGCCAGACGGGUUCAGGCAAGAGUUACACGAUGAUGGGCACACCAGAUCAGCCGGGCUUGAUUCCUCGAACGUGCGAGGAUCUCUUCGAGCGAAUCGAGGCCGCGCAGAACGAAACGCCCAACAUCUCCUACAACGUCAGAGUGUCGUACUUUGAGGUCUACAACGAGCACGUGCGCGACCUUCUCGUGCCUGUCGUGCCCAAUCAGCCGCCGUACUAUCUCAAGAUCAGAGAGUCGCCAACCGAUGGGCCAUACAUCAAGGACCUGACCGAGGUGCCGGUGCGCAAUCUAAAUGAGAUCUUGCGGUACAUGACGGCGGGAGAUAGAUCAAGAACCGUGGCCAGCACCAGGAUGAACGACACCAGUAGUCGUAGUCACGCCGUAUUCACCAUUAUGCUCAAGCAGAUCCACCAUGACAUGGAGACGGACGAGACGACGGAACGAAGCUCGCGUAUUCGACUGGUCGAUCUGGCUGGCAGUGAGCGCGCCAAAGCGACAGAGGCGACGGGUCAGCGCCUCCGCGAGGGAAGCAACAUCAACAAGUCCCUGACCACUCUCGGUCGUGUCAUUGGUGCGCUCGCGGACGCCAAAUCGGGCUCGAGAAAACGGAGCAAGGACGUGGUCCCUUACAGAGACUCGAUUCUCACGUGGCUAUUGAAGGACUCUUUGGGAGGUAACAGUAAAACGGCAAUGGUUGCCUGUAUCGCACCGUCGGACUACGAGGAGACUCUCUCGACUCUGCGUUAUGCGGACCAGGCCAAACGUAUUCGCACCCGCGCUAUUGUCAACCAAGACCACAUCUCGUCGGCGGAGCGUGAUGCACAAAUUACUGCCAUGGCGGAGGAGAUCCGCGUUCUCCAAUUGUCUGUAUCGGAGUCGCGCCGGCGCGAGAAGGACAAUAUGGACCAAGAAGAGAAGCUCGAGGAGUAUCAGAACCGCGUGGUGACCAUGCAGCGCAUGAUGGAGGAGCGCAGUCUCGUCGCAGAGGGAAAGAUCCGAAGCCUGCAGACGGAGAAUGAAGCCCUUCGCCUGCAUCUCAAGCUGGCUCUCGACAGUCUCAAGAACCCGAUCCCCGCCGUCACCGUCAAGCCGGCAACUGAAGAGGAAGACGAGACUGAGAAGGCCAAGGCGGGGCAGGAGGAUAAGGAGAAUGCCGAGGACGGCGAGUCAUUAUACGACGACUCGGACGAUACGGCUUACGACUCAGAUGUCAUGGAGGACAAUGCCAACGACAUGCAGGAUUAUAUGCGCAGCCUGCUGAGCGACCUGGGCAUGUUCAGACGAAAAAUCGGAGACGACAAGGAGCGAUGGGUUGGCGACGUAUUGGCAGGUGCGCUGAAUGCGUAA